AUGUCUAUAAAUUAUAAGAAUAUAUUCAUAAUUGUUUUGUCCUUUAGUAUAUUAAAAUAUAAGAAUGAGAAAAAUAAUAUAAAUUUUUUUAAGAAGAAUUACAUGAGAUAUGAAGAAAAUAAAUAUAUUUUUAAGCAAAAAGAAAAACCUUUUAAGAUUAACGAGGUAAAAUUCUAUAAAAAUAGAUUUAAUAAUAAACAUUUAAGUAGAUUAAAAAAUCUUAGUAAUGAAAAUAUAUUUAUUGUAAAAAAUAAAAGUGGAGAAUUGAAAAAAAUAAAUAGAAAAAAAAGAUUUAAGAGAAAUUUUAUUAAUUCCUUUAUACAACCUCAUUUUUCUAAGUCAAAAGUCAAUUUAUAUAGUUCUUUACAAAUUCUAAUUGAUCAGUAUUGCUAUCCUUACGUGGCACGUUGUAUAGGAAUGUAUACCAAAUGCUUAUGUGUUAAGGAGACAGAUAUAGAUAAAACGAUAUAUUCCGGUACAUGCUUAAAUAAUUGUGGCUCUAUUUCGGAAUGUUAUGGAUAUCCAAAAAAUUUACAAAAGAUUAUUCCACAAUCCUUUAUUGAUAAUAAAAAAAUUUUAACUUGCGUUUCCUCACGUCUUCAGAGAAAAUUAAAUAACGGUUGCGGAAAAAAUAAAGUAUUUAGAUAUAAUAAUAGAAAAGGAUAUUGUAUUCCAUACGAUUUAUUAGACUUUAAGAAAUCAGGUAAGUAUUGCUAUAAUAAUAAUAAAGAAAUAACGUCAUGCUGGGGUUAUUUUAAAGAUACUUGUAACAAUGUAGAUGAUUAUGGUGUGGGUAACAACCUUUAUUUUUAUUCUAUUAUACAAAAUUCUUGCAAUGAACAUAUAGAAGGAAAUGGAGAAUCAUAUGUAGGGUGUCAAGAUAUGUCUAUUACUCAAAGAAAAUGUAUACAUUGGAAUUUUUUAAAUGUAUCAGAAUUAUUGGGUACGCAUUAUGGGCACAAUUAUUGUCGAAAUCCUGAAAGUUUAGAGACUAUUUACUGUUUUGUUAAAAAGGGGGGUUUUGUUGUGAGGGAAUUUUGUACACCAAAAAAAGACACAAUUUUGAAUGAUAUUAUUUACUCAGAAAAAUCGAUUUCUACUUUUGAUAUAACAAUGAAAAAUGUAUCUGAUUUUCGUAUAAUGUUCAUGAGGAACAAUUGCAAUACACCAUUCACCGAUACUAAUAAUCCAAAUAAAAAUAUUGUAUAUGAAAAAACAAAUUAUAUUUACCAUGAAGUAGAUGGCGAAAUUGCACUAACAAUUACUUUUAAAUAUUUUCAAUUUGAUUAUAAAUAUAUUUCUUUCAAUAAUUUAUCUAUUUGUGCGUGCUAUAAAGAUUAUUAUUCUGAUAUAAAUAUUAGUUGCACACCAAACACUUAUAAAAAAAAAGUUGGAACUUUUAUAUAUUCUAAUUCAUUUUUUGGGAAAAAUAGUAAUGUGUUCCAUAUAGAUAAAAAUAAGUAUUUCACUCUUAAUAUAAAUGGUGAUAGUCUUAGAAGCGAAACAUACAUUUCUAGUGGGAAUUAUUCAUAUGAAUGCAACUCUUUAUUUCUUAUGUAUAAUUAUCAAGAUGAAUUAAGUGAUUUAUUAAAUACAGAUAUUAAUAAAAAAAUACAAAAAGUGUAUCCUCCAUUGAAUUCUUCAAAAAAGGUUUCUUUUAUCUAUGGAUAUUCUGAUAAAGCUUUAAAAUUAGAAACUUUAAUCAAAAGAAACGUUUCAUACUUAUUAACUAUUGAUAAUCUUAGUUAUAUUUCUUCUCAAAGACUGACUAAUUUAAAAGAUGGAAAUAAUUUAAUUUGUAUAAAAUAUAAUUUAAAUGGUUAUAAAUCAUUUUAUUAUGCUGGAAAAAUAAUAUAUAAUUAUGGAAACUCUUCAGAAGCUAAAUAUCUUUUGAAAAAUGAUAAAUCAUAUUAUGAUAACUUUACAUAUAUAAAAAGAUUUCCUAGUUAUAGAGGUUUUCAUUAUUUUUCAUUUAGUGAUGAUAGUUGUGAAAUUGAUGAUCCCCUUUUAUCAAAUGAAAGAAUUCUGCAUACGUCAGAAGAAACUAACAUAAGUAGGAUAAAAAAAUAUUAUUCUUUAUAUCCGUAUAAUCAUAUUAAGAAUUAUUUUAAAGUUUAUGGGAGAAAUAUGAGUUUUUCUCCUAAUGAUAAUGGGUUGUUUUAUAUUUUAGUUAAAGGCAUCGACAUAAAAGGACCAGUAAAUUACUUAUGUGAAAGAGAUGAUCAAUUUAAACAUCCAAGUGCUGUAUCCUUAGUUAAUUUUUCAGAUUUCUUUUCUGUAUCAUUUAAAGAAUUUGCACAUUAUUUUGAAGUUUACAGUAUUCCAACAAAUAUACAUAAUACAUACUUAAGCGGUAUAUAUUAUAACUUUAUUUCAAAUUUUUUUUACCUUAGAGAGUUAUUAAGUAGUUAUCACAAAGCAAAAAUAUUAUCUACAUGGGCUCAUGAAAGUGAUAAUUAUAUAUCAUUAUGGUUCAUUUCAACCAAUGUUCUAACUCCUUUUUUUUUAAUAAAAUAUCAGAUAAAUUCACCAAGUUUUGCCUUCGCUGAUUUUGUGAUCAUUUCAGAAUCUGUAAUAUCUCUCAACUUUUACAUUUUUAGUAAAAGAAAUCGCACUAUCAAGAAGUAUAAUACAGAUAAUUUUUUUAAACUUAACUUGAUAAAAGAAGAAUAUUAUUUAGGAUUACAAGGAGUAGUGAGUAUAGAAAAAUUUUCUCAUAAUAAUAAACCUUAUUUUUUAUUACUAUUUAAAUACAGUGAGCUUGCCAUAUUAGACAGUGAUUUAGAAGAAGUUCAUAUUAUUAAAGAAAAAGAAAAGCAUGUAGAUUCUAAACCUAUAAAAGUUCAAUGUUUAGAUAUGACAAAUAUAAUGUGUUUUAUUUUAUAUAGAUAUCAUCAAAUUUUAUGGUUUAGUUUAUAUUUUAAUUUUCAAAGUCCAUCUUUUAGUUCAUUAACGUCAAGUAUUUUCGAAGAAAACAAUUUAUACACUGAUUCUACUAAUAAUUUAAAUAACUAUAAUGCUACUGAAAAAAAAAGUAUAAGUACGUUAAAAUCUAGAAGUGUUUAUUCUACGCAUAGAGAUAAGCAUAAUAAAAGUAGACAGUUAAAAAGAUCAUCAUCACCUCCAAAAAAAAAAAAAAGUGCAGCAACGAUACUAAUGAAAUAUAUAUAUAUAUACAUAGAACAUGAUAAAGAAGUACUACUAGAAACUCCAAAUGACAUAACAGUAAUAAGUAAGUUAAACGAAUAUAUUAUCUACGUAUCUUUUAAAGAAUCUAACAAAUUACAUAUUUAUUCAACUGAUAGAAUUGAAAAAACAAUUGAAUAUUAUAAGUUUAUAAAAAAUGAGGAUUUAUCCCAUUAUAAUAUUAAUUAUAUUUUUAGUUAUUUUUUUGUGGAUAAAAAUUUUAUAAACUUCUUUGUGACUAAGGAAGAGGAGAACUAUGCUAUAUGUUCUUUUGUCCAUGAAAAUUCAAGUAGAACAGUAGUAAUUUAUAAGCCAAAAGAAUGGUAUAUAUAUAAUAAAAAUAUUGAAUUAAAACCUAUUAUUAAAGGGGAUAAACGGCAAAUUAAACAUUUCAGUAUACAAUAUGACAAUGAUUUACAAGAUCAGAAUAUUAUCAUUUAUAAAAAAAGUGGAAUAAUUCAAAUUCAUUUCAAUAAAAUCAAAAGUAUGAAUGUAAAGUUGAAAGUGAUAAUGUAUGGGUUAUUUCAAAUAUAUGAAACCUAUGUUACUUUUAAUAUAAUAUGUGAUUCAGGAAAAUAUUAUAAAAAUAAUGGAUGCCAUCCAUGCGAGAGAGGAUAUUAUAAUAAUUUAAAAGAAAUAAAAAAAAAUAUAAUAUAUUUUACAAGAUGUGUACCUUGUGAAGAAAAUAAAACCACUUCAUUAGAAAUAGCAACAAAUAAAAACGAAUGCUUAUGUGAUUUGGGAUAUGAAUACGUAAAAAAUCCAAAUAAUCCUAGUAAUUAUAUUUGUUCUCCUUGUCCUAAAGGAAAAUAUAAAAAUACUGUAUCAAAUGAGCUUUGUCAAGGAAAUGGCUGCAAAGAAAAUUCUACUUCGUUUAUCACAGGAGCAAAAAGUGAAUUAGAAAUUAGAUGUUUAUGUAAUGCAGGAUAUUAUUUAAGUUAUAAUUCUUCAGGCUUAGAGUUUUGCCAAAAAUGUUUGCCUGAUUAUUUUUGCCCAGGAAGCUUAGUAGGAAUACAAAAAUGUCCACCAUAUAAUAAAACAAUUCCUGAUAGCACAACCAAUUCUGUAUCUAUGAAUAGCUGCUUUUGUAAAAAGGGAUAUGAACCAAUUGAUAUGAACAGAAGGAAAAUAAAAGGAUCUAGAGAUGGACAUUACUACAAACUUUUUUUUAAUAAAUAUCAUUAUUUACAACAUCAAAUAAACCCUCAGCAUAUUUGUAUGGAAUGUAAUAUAGGAUAUUAUAAGGACACUAUAUCUUUUAAACCAUGUGAAAAAUGCCCAAAAAAUUCUACAAGCAAAGCAUAUGGUUCUACUAGCAUAAAAAAAUGCGAUUCGUGCUAUAGUGGGUAUUAUAAAAAAUUGAAUGAAGGUUGCUCAAAAUGCUUACCUAAUCAUUUUUGUGUUGGCAGCUUUCCUAAAAAUGAUUUAGUUCAGUAUACAGGUGAUGCAGUAAUUUGCCCUAAUAAUUCUAUUACUAUACCACCAUAUGAAAAGAACGCCUCUUUCAAAAAUUGCUUAUGUGUAGAAGGAUAUAUUAAAAAUUCUCAAGAAUCUUACAACUUAGAUGAACACUGUAAGCCAGUACCCUUAAAUUUUUAUAAAGAUACUAUAUCCAAUGAUUUGGGAAAAUCUUGCCCUUUAAAUAGUAUCACUUUGAUAGUGGGGGCAAAAUCAAUUGAUGAAUGUAUAUGUAAUAAAGGGUAUUAUUAUAAUGUAACCAAGAAGGAAUGCGAAGAAUGUCCAAUAGGAUAUUACUGCCCAGAAAAAAGUUUAAAAAAUAAAUUUAUGAAACCCCAAAAAUGUCCAAAUAAUUCUGGAAACAUUAAGAAAGGACUACAUGAACUAAGAAAUUGCGAAUGCAAUUUCGGUUAUGCUCCAAAUAUGUAUAUAAAUAAAUUGCUUAAUAAUCAAUCAUUUAAAGAAAAUGAAAAAAGGCUUUUAUCUUCCUUUAAAAAAUUUGCAAAUGAGCCGAAUAAGAAAAAUAUAAAAAAUUUUAAAAAUUAUAUUGCUUCUAAAAGGAAUAAUAAUUUUGUAAAUAAAAAAAAAAAUGAAAACCAUUUUGAUUCUAAUAAACUAUUAUUGUGUAUUAAAUGCCCUCCCUCAACCUAUAAAUCAGUUAUAUCAAAUGAACCAUGUGAUCCAUGCCCUAAAAAUUCUAGUACAUUGGAAUCUUUCAAUAAAUCCGAUGUUUUUUUUUGUUUGUGUAAUCCGGGAUAUUAUUUAGAUCAACAAACCUGUAAGCCAUGCUCUUUUAGUAAUUUUUAUUGUGCAGGAGAAAAAAUAUAUAUAAUAACUGAAGAUAUGCAUAAUGAAAUAAUAAAUGAUAUUAGAAAAAAUAUCUCUGAAUUUAAAGGUACAAAUAAAAAUGCUUUUAUUAAUUCUAUUAUUGAUAAAUAUGAUGAAAAAAUUUCAGAUUUUAAUAUAAAAUAUGAUUUUAAAAAUGGAAAUCCUUUUGAUUUAUAUAGUUCUAGUAAAACAUUAUCUACCAUUCAAAACUACAGUGAAAGAAUAAGACUAUCAAGUAAAAAAAACCUGGAAUCUUUAAAUGAGAAAAAAAAUAAUGAAGAUUUAAAAAAUAUUUUAAAAAAUUUUUUUCAUAAAGACCAUAAAAAUAUUAUAUAUGCAAAAUAUCAAAAAAUCAUAAAAUGCCAAAAAAAUACAGUAAUUCCUUUAGGUGUAGAUUCUUCUUAUACUUUUGAUGAUUGUAAAUGUGCUAAAGGAUAUUAUUUAGAAUCAAAAGAUUUCUCUAAAUCUAUAAAAAUAUGUAAACCAUGUAAAGAAGGGACAUUUAAAAAUUAUGUUGGAGAUGAAGCAUUUUGUGUUUCUUGCCCUCCCAAAUCUACCAGUUUUGAAGGGUCUAUUUAUCCUACUCAUUGUUUUUGUAAAGAAGGUUUUUUUUAUAGUAAUGAAAAUUGUUUGGAAUGUUUAGAAGGAGCUACAUGUAAGGGUGGAUUAUAUGAAAGUACCAUGAAGAGGGCUCAAUUGGAUAUUGAGAAUAUUAUUAUUACUAAAGAAGAUCAUGUAAAGCCUGAAUCGAAAAAGGGAUAUUUUUUAGAUGAAAGUGUAAUCAGCUUUGUUGAUGCUAGCGAAUGGAAGUUUAUUAAGUGUCCUAUAAAUGGGGCAUGCUUAGAAAAAAACAAGUGUCAUUAUACUAUGAAUAAUUAUUUAUGCGUUGAAUGUACUCAAGGAUAUACAAACAGCUUUAUGAGGUCUUUAUGUGUGAAAUGCCCUAAUAAUACUAUUAACAUUAUCCUUUUAUUUAUAAUUUAUGUUACUUUUUGCUUUAUUAUUAUAAUUAUAUCCUAUUUAAACAUAUCCUCUGGUUUUUAUAGAAGAUCCAUUCAUUCUAUAGUAAUUAAGAUUGCCGUUAAUUAUAUUUCUUGUAUGUUAGUUAUUACAGUUUUAAAGGAAAAUAAUUUGCUAUUGCCAACAUUCGUUCUUGAUUUUUAUAAAAAAAUAAAUAAUUUAAUACAUAGAGGUGAAAAUAGAAAAAUUGUAAGUGUGGAUUGUUUGCUAAGGCAUUAUUUUAAUUUGAGCUAUAGCGAUUCUUUCUUUUAUACAAGUUUAAUAUUUUUUCUUAUUCCAGUUCUUUUAAUUAUAUCAUUAACUAUAAUUUUAUUUAUCAUACUGAAAUUGUAUAGACUCAUAAAAAAAAAGGUAAUUGCAAAUAGAUUGGAUUUAUUGAGAAUAGCUAAAAAAGAAAAAAUAUUCUUUUUAGCUAAUUCUUUAGAAAAGUCAUAUUCAAAAGAAAGAUUUAUAAUGAUAUUGAGGUAUAUAAAGUUAGAGCAUUAUACCAUAAUGGAUAGGAUAUUAAUUUUUUUUGAAGAUAUGAUUCCUGUAUAUGUGACUUUUUUAUUUAUUAUACAUGCAAAAACAUCUUUAAGAAUGUUUCAAUUAUUUGACUGUUCUUAUAUUAAAUAUAGUAACAAUUCUGGAAAAUAUAUAUUAAGCAGAGCUAGUAGUGUCCAAUGUAAUUUGAAUACAGAAUAUUUCAAGUUUUUUAUGUUAGGAUUAUCGGGAACAAUUAUGUGGUCUGUAGGAAUACCUUUGUUUUCUUUUUUCGUUCUAUAUAUAAAUAGACACAAUUUAUUUCAUGAAAAUGUUCGUAUAAAAUAUGGAUUUUUACAUAAUGGCUAUUUACAUAAUAGAUGGUACUGGGAAGCUAUCGUUUUUAUUCGUAAAAUAAGUGUACUAUUUAUUACAACAGUAAUUAUAUUUCCAUCAGACGAAACUAAUGCAUCAAGAUUAUUGCUUAUUACUUUUGUGGCUGUAUUCUCUUUAUGUGUUCACUUUAUUUUCCAACCAUUUGAUAAAAGAAAUUUCUUCACUUUAAAUAAAUUAGAAAACUUUAGUUUAUACAUAUGGGUUUCUACCAUUAUUAUAAUUUCUGUUUUAUUAUCAAUGAAUUUAAAAGAGUUACUAAAUUUCAUUAUUUUAUUUUUCUUGGCCAUGCUUCACAUUAUUUUUAGUGUAAAAUUGUUAUUUUGCUUAUUUUAUGAAUGUGUGGAAAAUAUAAGAAGAAAAAAGACGUGCUAUAAUGUACCGAUUAUUGGUUCCUAUGCCAAAUUAUUAGGAGAUAUUGUAGAAAAAAAAAAAAAACAAGAGCCUUUAAUUUAUUAUGAUAAAAAUUCUAAAAGAAUUGCUAUUAUUCUUCCAGAAUGUGUUAUAAAAAAAAAAAAAAAAAUGGAAAAUUUCGCUAAAUCAUUUCAAGGAAUUUUUAAAAGUUUAUCUCAUUUUUAUAAGAGAAAAAAAGGAUAUAUGCAAUUAAAAAACCAUUCGGAUGAAGUAAAUGAAGAAAGCAAAGCAAUUCAACAAAUACCUAGUACGAACAAAGGAAUAGAUACAAAAAGUAAAUAUAUUUCUAAAAAUUACAAAAUAAGUAAUCAGCAGGAUGAUGAUAAUGAUUUGUUGUUUGAAGAUUCUACACAAAAUCAAAGAAUGCAUUUUUGUUCUUUUUUAAAGAGCACUAAUGUUUCUGUAUAUGGAAACAUAAAUAAAGAAUGUAGAAUGUUUGCUAUAGAAAUUUAUAAAGAAUUAUUUGAUAUAUUUUUAAAAAAUGUCACCUUAAUUUAUAUUUCUGAUAUGUUCUUUGAGUUUUUAUUUAAAAUAUCUAUCAAUAUAGAAAAUUUAAUAGAUAACCUAGAUCAGAAAGAAAAAAUAUUUGAAUCGUUAAAUGAAGAACAAAAUUUUGAUCACCUUAUUCAGUGGUCAUUAGAAAGAAAAGAGAAAUAUAAUGAAAAUAAAAAGCUAGAAGAGAGUGAAUUAAUUUCUUAUAAAAAUUUUAAAUCUAAUUUCAAUUUAUCUAAAGAAAAUUCAGAUGUUUUUCAAGUCCCUUUAUCGUUUUGUGAUGAAAUGGAACUAAAUGAUUCCAAUGACAACAAAAAAAAUGAGGAUAAAAAAAAAAAAAAAAAAAAUCAAUAUAUUUCCAUGAAACAAAAAGAAAAAUUAUUUUCUUUUUUCAGUGAUGAUCUAUUAAAUAAAAAAAUUGCGUUGUCAGAAUUUUAUUUUAUUCUCAUAGAAUUGAAGUUAAAAUAUUUUAGUAGUUUACCUUCCUGUUUCUACAUGUUCAAAAUAUAUAAAAAAUUAGAAAAAAAAUAUGAAAGGCGGAAAUUGAGGAAAUUAAAUGAAAAGUUAAAAAAAUGCCAAAGCAUUAAUGAUGGUAAUAUAAAAACUAAUGAAGGAGAUUUAAAAAUAGAUGAGAUAAAAGAAAAAAUACCACUAUUAUAUAAAGAAUUUAAAGAUCUUUCUAAAAUAAUUGAACAAUUAAAACAUGAAUAUAUUAACAUAAAUAAAAAGGAUUAUGAAAAAGAUUCAGCAAACGAAAGUGUAUUUACUGAUUUAGAUGAUGAUAUUUCUUUAUCAAGAUUUACUUGA